AUGGCCGAAAACAGCGAUGGUCGCGAUACCUCGGCAGGGCGUCCCAGAUCUGAGACUGACCAAGUGACCAAUGUCAAGGCAGACCACGCAAACGUCAGAGCAAUUUUCCAGCAGUGGGAUCCUACGGGACUCUCAGCUGCAAAGUUGCUUGUGCAGCUGGGCUGCGAUGAACUCGGCAGACAUGCCACGCUCCAGAAGGAAGAGCUGCUGUCUAUUCUUUCGGACAUUGGAAUCACUGAUCGAGAGCUGCCUGGCAAAGGACAGAGGCCAAUGCAUCAGUGCCAGAUGGCUUUGGCCCCUUGGCCCAGUUCUGGCAACAUGCUGGAGGGAGGUUGUGAGGUGGAACCAGAGGACUGGCAAUCUGAGGGUCGUUGGUGUGGGUUG